UCGAAAGCAAAAGUUUGAAUCCUGCAUUUGACGAGGCACCAUUUCAGAAUGCUGUGAGCCGAAGCUUAGGCCUACAAUUUCUAUCAUAUUUAUUGGAGAACGCGGCAUGUUAAAAUGAGUCUCUGUAAAGAGAAGGAGGAGGGGGAUGUUGUUCACUACGAGAACCAGAGAGCAUCAUCUUCAGAACCCAGUUGUGUGUCUAUGAAGAGUAACGAAUCCAUGAGACAACCCUUUACAUUCAGUGAUGGACCAGGGACCUCCAACCCCAGGAGAACAGGGCCUGUUAAAAUGAGUCUCUAUGAAGAGAAGGAGGAGGGGGAUGUUUUUCUCUACGAGAACCAGAGUGCAUCAUCUUCAGAACCCAGUUGUGUGUCUUUGAAGAGUAACGAAUCCAUGAGACAACCCUUUACAUUCAAGGAUGAACCAGGGACCUCCAACCCCAGGAUAACACGGCCUGUUAAAAUGAGUCUCUAUGAAGAGAAGGAGGAGGGGGAUGUUUUUCUCUACGAGAACCAGAGUGCAUCAUCUUCAGAACCCAGUUGUGUGUCUUUGAAGAGUAACGAAUCCAUGAGACAACCCUUUACAUUCAGUGAUGGACCAGGGACCUCCAACCCCAGAGAUGAACAGACUGGAGAGAUAGAACAGGAUUGUCACCUACUAGUAGAUAUUGAACUACAGCGAGUCAAAAUCAAAGACCAACACAAAACCAGCAUGAAUAAAAAGUAUGAGAGCUUAUUUGAAGGAAUCAAACUACAAGAGAAUCAAACCCUCUUGAACAGGAUCUACACACAGCUCUACAUAAUAGAGGGAGAGAGUGAGGGAGUGAAUGAAGAACAUGAGGUUUUACAGAUGGAGAAAACUCCCAGAAAACAAGACUCACAAGACACUCCAAUCUGCUGCAAUGACAUUUUUAAACUCUUAAAUGAACCACGAUGUGAGGGAAAAGACAGAAUAAAGACUGUUCUUACUAAAGGCAUUGCUGGAAUUGGAAAAACCGUCUCUGUGCAGAAGUUCAUUCUGGACUGGGCCGAGGGAAAAGACAAUCUGGAUGUAGAUUUCAUGUUUGUGCUUCCAUUUCGAGAGCUUAACUUAAUUAAAGAUCAUCAGUAUAGUCUUCACAGACUUCUGCUGGACUUUCAUCCUGAACUUCAAGAUCUGGACUCAAAGAUUUAUGAGGAGUGUAAAGUUGUGUUCAUCUUUGAUGGUCUAGAUGAAAGCAGAAUCACACUGAUGUUUUCAGACAGUGAGAAAGUUUCUGAUGUGUCUGAGACUUCAUCGGUGGGUGUGUUGAUAUCAAACCUGAUGAAAGGAGAGCUGCUUCCCUCUGCUCUCAUCUGGAUCACCUCCAGACCAGCAGCAGCCAGUCAGAUCCCCUCCAAAUACAUCAACCGUCUGACAGAAAUACAGGGAUUCAAUGAGCCUCAGAAGGAGGAAUAUUUCAGAAAGAGAAUCAUAUGA